AUGGAUGACUACGACAUCAGGUCGGCCGCCAGCAUCCUGGCCUCCGUCAAGGAGCAGGAGGCCCGCUUCGAGCGACUGACGCGGGCCCUCGAGGAAGAGAGGCGCAACGUGUCCCUGCAGCUGGAGCGGGCUCACCAGCCCUGCGAGCAGCCUCGGGCCAGCACGUGCACCAUUGGCAACGGGCAGCCCCUGGCUACCGCGUGGCAGCAGCUGGUCCUGCAGGAGCAGAGUCCGGGCAACCAGACGUCCCUGGCCAUGAUGCAGGAGCCGCAGGAGAUGGUGGAGGAGACGGUGACGGUGGAGGAGGACCCGGGGACGCCCACAUCCCAUGUGUCCAUCGUCACGUCCGAGGAUGGCACCACCAGGAGGACGGAGACCAAGGUCACUAAGAUGGUGAAGACGGUGACCACGAGGACCGUGCGCCAGGUGCCCCUGGGCCCCGAUGGGCUGCCGGUGCUGGACGGCUCGUCCCCGCUGGGCAGCUACACGGACUCCAUGGACCGGCGCUACCUGAAGAAUGGCGAGCGCUUCCUGCCGCCCCAGGCCUCGUCCACUCUGAGCCGGGCCUACACCAGCUACGGGGAGGGCCCUGAUGGGCCCUACCGCUCCUUCCACGCCCACGAUGCAGGCAGCGGGGGCUACGGGGGCACCGAGCUCCCCGACGGCUACGGCAGCCUAUCCCGCGGCAUCGGCUACCGGCCCCGCUAUGCCUACGUUCCCGGGAAUGGCUACCGGCCGGACGAGGGCAGCUACACCCUGCCCAGCCGGAGGGAGGCCUACGGACCGCCCAGCGCCCAGCCCCAGGUGCCCGCUGGGGUUGGUGGCCCGGACCUUGCCGGGGGUGGCCGCUCCCAGCCCGAGCGGUUCCAGCCCGAGCCCUAUGGGCUCGAGGACGACAACAGGAGCCUGGGGGUGGAUGACGAAGGUUACGAGCUGGACCCGGACUACUCUACCGUGAACCGGCGGCUGCCUGCAGGGGUCCCCGAGAGAGGCCGGCCUCACAAGGCCAGAGCCUACGACGAACCAUCGGAAAGUGAGAUGAUUGAAGAGCGGAUCCCCUACAUCCACGGCAGCUACGCCGCCCCCCUGGCCCAGCCCGAGAGGGGCAGCAUGGCCAGCAUCGACCGUCUGGGGAAGAGAUCACCCUCCAUCGACAGCAUCCGCAAGGACCCUCGGUGGCGGGACCCGGACCUGCCCGAGGUGAUCGCCAUGCUCAGCCACCCCAUCGACCCCGUCAAGUCCAACGCGGCCGCCUACCUGCAGCACCUGUGCUACGAGAACGACAAGAUCAAGAAGGACGUGCGGCACCUGAAGGGCAUCGCCAUCCUGGUGGGCCUGCUGGACCACCCCAAGGCCGAGGUGCACAGGCGGGCCUGCGGGGCUCUGCGCAACAUCUCCUACGGCCGCGACCACGAGAACAAGGUGGCCAUCAAGGGCUGCGAUGGCAUCCCGGCCCUCAUACGGCUCCUGCGCAAGACCAACGACAUGGAAGUGCGGGAGCUCAUCACUGGGACGCUGUGGAAUCUGUCAUCCUACGAGCCCCUCAAGAUGGUCAUCAUCAACCACGGCCUGCAGACACUGACCAAUGAGGUGAUCGUCCCUCACUCGGGCUGGGAGAGCGAGCCCAAUGAGGACUCGAAGCCGCGGGAUGCCGAGUGGACCACCGUCUUCAAGAACACGUCUGGGUGCCUCAGGAACGUGAGCUCAGAUGGGGCAGAAGCUCGUCGGAGGCUCCGGGAGUGUGACGGGCUGGUGGACGCCCUCCUUCAUGCCCUGCAGUCGGCUAUCGGCAAGAAAGACACAGACAACAAGGUGACGAUUGCACACAACUUGGGGGGCUUAGAGACAGGGCCUGGGCCGCUGCCCAACCUUGGGGGCUCUCAAGACCCAAGUCUCCUUCCUUCCUUGGGCCGGGGGAGAAGAAGCGAAAUAGAGAUCGGCGAGUCAGUCAGCUGCAUUUACCGUCUGCCCACUGUGUGUCCACGAAGCACCUACUAUGUGUUAGCACUGGGGAAACCAAAGGCAAAAGCAUCAUCCUGCCCCCCAGACGGCGUUCACUGGGAGCAGGGGAUGGCCGCAGGGCUGGUGAAGGGCCUCGAUCUCAUGCCCUGCCAGGAGGGGCUCCAGGAACCGGGGAUGGCGAGCCUGGCCGAGCCUGGCCGAGAGAAGACCGGAGUCCCCCUGCCCCUGCCCGUCCCCGCGGCCGACGGGGCAGCAUCUCCUUUGUGUGUCUCCGUGCCAGGAAAAAAGAACGGCGGCGUGGACCGGAACUUUGAUACCCUCGACUUACCCAAGAGAUCCGAGUCGGCCAAAGGCUUCGAGCUCCUCUACCAGCCCGAGGUGGUGCGUCUCUACCUCUCCAUCCUCACCGAGAGCCAAAACUUCAACACCCUGGAGGCCGCCGCCGGAGCCCUGCAGAACCUCAGCGCCGGGACCUGGAUGUGGUCCACGUACAUCAGGGCGAUGGUGCGCAAGGAGCGGGGGCUGCCGGUGCUGGUGGAGCUUCUGCAGUCGGACUCGGACAAGGUGGUGCGGGCCGUGAGCAUCGCCCUGCGGAACCUGUCCAUGGACCGGCGCAACAAGGACCUCAUAGGGUCCGGAUGCUGCCCCACCCCCACCCCCCCGCACCCCCAGUUGUUCCCGGAGCCCCCCGGGAAGGAGGGCCCUGCCCCCCGCCAGUCCACGAGGGAGACGAAGGCGGCGUCCCAUGUGCUGCAGAUGGUCUGGAGCUACAAGGAGCUGCGGGGGGCCCUGCAGAAGGACGGCUGGAAUAAGUCGCACUUCCAGCUGGCAGCGUCUGCCCCUCCCAAGGGCUCCAAAGGGACUUCGGGCAAGCCUGGCUAUGAUGACAGCACCCUGCCUUUGGUGGAGAAGACCCACGAUAACGAGAGGUGUGGGAGCCGCGAUAUGAUCCCAAUGGAUGAACUCGGCCCAGCAGGCCACUCCACAGUACAUCGUGACAGAACACGUUGGAGGUUCUUCACCCAGCCUGAGAAGGUGAGUGCCUGGCUGCUUUCUGGAAACGAGCCCCCCAAGACAGAGGAGAAGCGCUACCCCACAGGAGAAGGGGAGAAGAGUCCUACGAGAGAGUUCCAGCGCUCGGGGCAGUCGGAUGGAGAUCUGCACCUGUGGAGGGCCCCAAAGUCUGGCCUCCCCCGCCAGGGGACCCAGGAGUCCGGGAAGCCCACCUUCCUGCGGCCGGAGCCUUGGAGGGAGGCCGCUCCGGAUUCCACACUGCCCUCCCCGCUGGGUCGUCUCCGGCCCUCAGAGGCCUUCCCGCCUCCUCCCCCAGCCCUCGGGGAAUCUAGGCCCCCUUCCUCGCGCACCCGUGACAACACGAGCCCCCGACAGCGUGUCAUUUCUUGGAGGUUCGCGCAGUGCCCCCACGAGACGUAG